AUGAUCAACACUUUUAAGCUGGAAAAAGAUGACUGGUUCAACAAAUUGUAUGGUCUUAAAGAAAAAUGGUGUACAACUUUAAGUAAAGUUUUUUUUUCUGCCGGUAUACUUUCUUCACAAAGAAGUGAAAGUACAAACCAUGCUGUUGGAUUUAAAGCAAAUAAAAGUACAACAUUAACAGAGUUCUAUAGUAUUUUUCAAGCUACAAUAAAUCGAUGGAGAAAAACCGAAGAAAAAGACGACUUUGACUGUACAAGGGGAAUACCAACUUCAGAGCUAAGUAUGAGUGCUAUAUUAAAACAGGCAGCAAAUGUAUACACGAUAACACUUUUCCGUGAUUUUGAAGAAGAGUUCAAGCUUUCUGUGGCAAGUAGUACAAUGUUCAAGGGAAGUGUUGGAAGAACAGUGUUUUUUGAAGAUCAAGGCAAGAAGUUCAAUACAAAAUGGAAGAUUCAACCGUCACUUGCACAUGCAAAAACUUUGAAGAAUCUGGAUGAUCGUUACAUAACAACAAGAUGGACUAGAUAUGCAAAGAAACAUAUAUGGGAAAGGGUUGAUACAAUAAAAAGGGAGAAAGGUGAAAUCAACAAUUUUACUGGUUGGAGAUUACAUAUGAUCAGAAGAUACUAUAACAUAAUUUUGAAAGGGCAUAAGAUAGCAAAGGCCAGAAAAUUUAUCGAGGAGAAGUUUAAAACGGAUAAUAAAGCAGUUGAUGAAAUCAUAAAAAAGGAAGAAGAAAGGAAGGCAAAAGAAGAAGCUGCAAAGAUAGCAGAACAAGAAAAGGCAAAAGCUGAAGCACAACGACAAACACAAGACGAAGAAUCAACUAAUUCUGAAAUAACAAUUGUGCUUGAUCCUGAUCGUGCUAAUACUAAAGGAAAGAGUAAGAAGAGAAUAAAUGGUCAAUAUGACAAUUACAAGCAGCCAUAA